AUAAUGGUUAUGAAUGCAGACUGCCUUGUGGAGAACGCCGGCUGCACAAGACUCAAAACAAACAACAGCCUCAGCAAAUGAUAUUAUCAGAGUUGACAGACGGAGCGGAGCGCGCGUUAAAAGAAAACAAUGUGCAAUAAAUGAGGCACGACUGCUGCCAGCCAAGAGAGAGCGGUAAAACAAUAAAAAACAAAAGCGAAAAAAAAAAACGUGCAACUGAUAAGCAAUUUGAAGGUAGACAAAGCGACAAUAUUUAACCUGGUCACCUGGAGGCGAAUCAUUUGAGUUUCACACCUAGCGCGUUGCACGAAUCUGUCAGAGCGGAGGCAACUGAGUCUCUGUGUCUGCGUGGGUGUGUUUGUGUAUGUGUGCCUGUGCCACCUGUCGUCAUGUUGACACACACAACGCUGCUUAUCAAGCGCAGCAGCCAGUUGCUGCCACUUCUACUGCUGCUGCAGCUGCUGUUGGCGGCAUUGCGCUGUGAUGGCGCCACGGUCACCUGGGGGCAGGUAAACAAAUACGCCAGCACGCUGCAUGCACAAGAUGUUUACCUCGCGGAUGCGAAUGUGAAUGUCACGGAUGUUGUAUAUGGCACACAGAAUCCCGAAGCUGUCGAUGCCUAUACGAUUACGGCGGUCCACGCCUACGAUAUGACGCCGCCCGAGGGCGAUGGCGGGCGGGCGCUACUUUUGGGUGGCGGUGUGGGCCAACAGUAUGCCACGGUGCGUUUCCAGCGGCACAGAUCCGUGCCCGUGUUGCACUAUCAAUUGGUCAUUUAUGGUGUCGAAUUGUGAACGCGUCACAGGUGACAGCUGAGCUCACACGCACUGACGUUCUGUGUACUUUGCUGCUGCUGUGUGUUUUAUUAACAAUUUUGUUGUUUUUUUUUUUUUUUUUGUGUGUCUCACAACUUAAUUAACUUCUAAUUAAAGUUGGAAUUCGACGCAGUCGGCUUCCUGCUCGGCGACAGACAGUUGCUAACUAAAUUAUAAUAAUUUCAUAAUUAAGAGCAUGAGUUGCGCUUAUUAGGAUGAAAAAUGUGAAAAUUGCAUUAUAAGUUACACACAAACACACGCAUGCACACACACACGCACGCACACAUACGGGCUGACGACACGUCGAAAUUUAACAUUGUGCGACGUCUUGACAGAAGCCGCGGAUGCUGCUGUUGCAGCUACUCGUAAUGAGAUGCAAAUGCGCCCACUCACAACCAACCCACACCCACCCACACAGCCUUACCCACAAAAGCAUCCUCCCAUCCGCACACACACUCACACACACACACACCUACACAGACAGCCGCUUAGCGGUUUGGUUUGCAGGCGUAAGUCGCUUUAAGCGCCUGAUAAAUGCAGCUUAAUUCGAAAACUACCUCCCUACCUCCCCCAGCAGCCCCACUUAAAGUACAAUAUGCACGUAAGAGGCUUUAGGCCGAUUAAGAAAUAAUAUAUCUAUAGUUGUGAGCAAUCGCAUCAUUCAAGAGCUGAUUUUGCGCUUUACUUUUACCUGUUCGACUUCAAUCAGGGCAAUUUCCAUCUGCCGAAUGGCUGUUUUUAUGCCUACAACUUCAUAAAGUAUUCAUAUAUGUCAUUAGUGACUGUGACUAGUAAGUCUAUAUGCAUUCAAUUAAUCCACUUUUACGUAAAAGCUAAGCCCCAAUAGAUAUUAAUUGAAUGACUCACACGUGCGUUAGUUUAUGCACGGUAAUCAAAACAAAACAAUUGCGUUUUCUAUAGAAAAUAAUUAAUUGCUUGAUCAGAGAGUUUUAUUAGAGUUUAAGCAAAACUACCAUUUUAUCUGAUUAGAAUAAACAAAUAUUGUAUUAUUAA